GCAUAAUGUUGCGCUACACUGUGGUCCAGGGCGGCCUCGGCCUGUUGGCUGUCAGGAGGGCAUGUGUUGUCUCCCGAUUCGCCCACUCUGCCCCGCAGAGCGAGUAUCGACCGAUCAAGAAAGUCAUGGUGGCCAACAGAGGUGAGAUUGCUAUCCGUGUGUUCAGAGCCUGCACUGAACUGGGCAUUCGAACUGUGGCCGUUUACUCUGAGCAAGACACCGGACAGAUGCACAGGCAGAAGGCAGAUGAAGCCUAUCUGAUCGGGAAAGGCCUGCCACCUGUUGCCGCAUACCUGCACAUUCCAGACAUCAUCAAAGUUGCCAAGGACAACAGUGUGGAUGCCAUCCACCCUGGCUACGGUUUCCUCUCUGAGCGGGCAGACUUCGCUCAGGCCUGUGCAGACGCAGGGGUCAUGUUCAUAGGACCAACCCCAGAAACAGUCCGCAAGAUGGGAGACAAAGUGGAGGCUCGUGCCCUGGCCAUCACUGCAGGUGUGCCUGUGGUUCCAGGAACGGAUUCUCCCAUCUCCAGUCUGCAGGAGGCGCAUGCCUUCGCCCAGACGUACGGCUUCCCCAUCAUCUUCAAAGCAGCGUAUGGAGGAGGUGGUCGCGGCAUGAGGGUGGUCAGGGAGUACGAGGAACUUGAGGAGAAUUACCAGCGGGCCUACUCUGAAGCCCUGACUGCUUUUGGGAAUGGAGCCCUGUUUGUUGAGAAAUUUAUCGAGAAGCCCAGACACAUUGAAGUACAGAUCCUCGGCGAUAAAUAUGGAAAUGUCAUCCACCUCUAUGAGAGAGACUGCUCCAUUCAGCGGAGACACCAAAAGGUUGUGGAGAUUGCACCGGCGUUCCAACUGGACCCUCAUCUGAGAGACCGACUUCACGCUGAUGCAGUCAACCUUGCCAAACAGGUUGGAUACGAGAAUGCAGGCACGGUGGAGUUCUUGGUGGACAAACACGGCAAACACUACUUUAUUGAAGUCAACUCCCGACUCCAAGUUGAACACACGGUCACCGAAGAAAUCACCGAUGUGGACCUGGUGCAUGCACAGCUGCAUGUGUGUGAAGGCCGCAGCCUGCCAGAACUCAGCCUCAAACAAGACAAGAUCAGGGUGAACGGAUGUGCGAUCCAGUGCAGAGUGACGACCGAAGAUCCAGCCAGAGGCUUCCAGCCAGACACCGGAAGGAUUGAGGUCUUCAGGAGCGGUGAGGGCAUGGGUAUCCGUCUGGACAGCGCCUCUGCCUUCCAGGGAGCCGUCAUUUCACCCCACUAUGACUCACUGCUGGUGAAAGUCAUCGCCAGCGGAAAGGACCUGCCUACAGCGGCCUCCAAGAUGAGCCGAGCCCUGGCCGAGUUCAGAGUGCGAGGGGUCAAGACCAACAUCCCUUUCCUGCAGAAUGUUUUUGCAAACCACCAGUUCCUGCACUCCACUGUGGACACCCAGUUCAUAGACGAAAAUCAGGAGCUCUUCAACCUCAAACCUACACAGAAUCGAGCCCAGAAGCUGCUGCACUACCUGGGCCAUGUGAUGGUGAACGGACCAACCACACCCAUCCCAGUCAAGGCCAAACCUUCCUCUACAGACCCUGUCAUUCCUCCAGUCACCAUGGGCGAUCCUCCGGUGGGUUUCCGUGAUGUGUUGCUGCGUGAUGGUCCUGAGGGAUUCGCCAAGGCUGUCCGUGCCCAUCAGGGUCUGUUGCUAAUGGAUACCACAUUCAGGGAUGCCCACCAGUCACUCCUGGCAACCAGAGUUCGGACCCAUGACCUGAAGAUGAUCUCACCAUUCGUCAGCCACAGCUUCAGCAACCUUUUCAGCCUGGAGAACUGGGGAGGUGCUACCUUCGACGUGGCCAUGCGAUUCCUGUCAGAGUGUCCAUGGAAGAGACUCCAGGAGCUGAGAGCUUUGAUCCCAAAUGUCCCUUUCCAGAUGCUGCUGAGAGGAGCCAACGCUGUGGGCUACACUAACUACCCUGACAAUGCUGUCUUCAAGUUCUGCGAGGUGGCCAAGGAGAACGGCAUGGACAUCUUCCGCGUGUUCGACUCCCUGAACUACCUCCCUAACAUGCUGCUGGGCAUGGAGGCUGCAGGAGCGGCAGGUGGCGUAGUCGAGGCCGCCCUCUCUUACACGGGCGACGUCUCCGACCCGAUGAGGCAGAAGUACUCCCUGGAAUACUAUGUGAAACUGGCAGAUGAGCUCGUCAAAGCUGGAACCCACAUCCUGUGUAUCAAGGAUAUGGCUGGUCUGCUGAAGCCAGAGUCUAGCAAGCUUCUGAUCAGCGCUCUCAGAGACCGUUUCCCAGAUGUGCCCAUCCACGUGCACACCCACGACACAGCUGGAGCCGGAGUAGCCGCCAUGCUGGCUUGUGCUGAAGCUGGAGCUGAUGUAGUUGAUGUAGCAGUUGACUCUAUGGCUGGGAUGACCUCUCAGCCCAGCAUGGGAGCCAUGGUCGCCUGUGCCAAGGGGACCAAGCUUGACACCGGCAUUGCUCUGGAGAAGGUGUUUGACUACAGUGAAUAUUGGGAAGUAGCCAGAGGCCUGUACGCUCCAUUUGACUGCACUGCCACCAUGAAAUCUGGCAACGCUGACGUCUAUGAGAACGAGAUACCUGGAGGACAGUACACCAACCUUCACUUCCAGGCUCACAGUAUGGGACUGGGAAAUAAGUUCAAGGAGGUGAAGAAGGCAUACGUUGAAGCCAAUAAACUACUAGGAGACCUCAUUAAGGUGACUCCAUCUUCAAAGAUUGUGGGUGAUCUGGCCCAGUUCAUGGUGCAGAACGACCUGACCAGAGCAGAGGUGGAGGAGAGGGCAGACGAGCUGUCGUUCCCCCUGUCCGUGGUGGAGUUUCUGCAGGGAUACGUCGGGAUACCACAUGGAGGAUUCCCUGAGCCGCUCAGAUCCAAGGUGUUGAAAGGCCUUCCCCGUAUCGAAGGUCGUCCAGGUGCCUCUCUGCCACCUAUGGACUUCAAGGCUCUGGAGGAGGGGCUCCGAGCUGCUCAUGGGGAUGACAUCACCCCUGAGGAUGUGAUGUCAGCAGCCAUGUACCCCAAGGUGUUCCAGGAGUUCAAGGACUUUACAGCUAACUUUGGCCCAGUAGACUGUCAGACCAGGACUGUCCUGGAUGGACCCAAGAUUGCAGAGGAGUUUGAGGUGGAGCUGGAGAGAGGAAAGAUCCUCCACAUCAAGGCUCUGGCACUGGGUGACCUGAACAAGGCCGGGCAGAGAGAAGUCUUCUUUGAGCUGAACGGGCAGCUGAGAUCUGUGCUGGUAAAAGACACAGUCGCCAUGAAGGAAAUGAAGUUCCAUCCCAAGGCUCAGAAGUCUAUCAAAGGUCAGGUGGGAGCACCGAUGCCUGGAAAAGUCUUGGAGGUCAAAGUAGAGGUCGGAUCUAAGGUGGAGAAGGGUCAACCGCUGUGUGUCCUGUCGGCCAUGAAGAUGGAGACCGUGGUCAACUCCCCGAUGGCCGGCACCAUUAAGGCCGUACAUGUCACGGCCGACGCCUCCCUGGAGGGAGAUGACCUGAUACUGGAAAUCGAGGAGUAGAGCGACAGGACGGGGUGGAGGCAGUAGGCAGGAGAUAGACAAUCUGAUUCUGGAAAUGCUGAGAGGUGGAGGAAUGUGGGGAUUAAAAUAAAGAGGAAAACUGGAAUAUUAUCCUUUUGUGAUAUCUGAGACCCCCAAUCUGUACAUAUUUGGUUACACUGUCGACACAUAAUGAAGCUCUAUGCAUUAAGAUCAGAUGGCAUGAAUGUCCAAAAUAAUAUAUCCAAUUGAUGGUAAUUAAUGCCUCUAUUUCAUUCUCCCAGAAGCAAAUUAGUUAUCUAGGUGUGGAGAUUAGCUUAAAAAAUGAUACCUUUACUAAUGUCCUGUCAGCUUGUGGAAGAUAGCGUAGACAUUUACAUAUAGCGUUUAGAAUUGUGAUACAUUCCACUGGUGAAAAGUCUUAAAUGUGACGUACUACGAUGAACUAACCACGUGUAACUCUAGAACAGGGUUGUAACAUCUCUUCACAAUUAAAUCCCAUUUUCACGCUGUUGAUGUUGCUUAAUAUAUUCAAAGCGAGUAAGAUUAAACAUUUUAUCUUCGACUACUAAAUGUUUCUUUGUAAUUAGCAGGAUUCAGACAAAGAUGAACAGACCUGGAUAUAUUAAUCAGUAAUUCUUUUCAUAUGGGGAUUCUUUUUUUUUCUUAAAUGCUCACCUUAGCAAGACAUUAGUCGCAGUGCAUUCUGGGAAUGUGUCAUCACUGUUACUCACUUUUGUUUUCCAAGGUGAAAAAAUAAAUAAGACAACAAAUGCACCGGGGCUAAGGGAAAUAAAUCACAGUAUUUUGCCUAAUCUGUUUUACAUGGGUGUCAUGAAAAUAUGUUCAGUCAGAGAAGCACAACAAAAGAAGUGGCACAAUCUUAGAGCCAGAAAUACAUGCCAGAAACAUCUGACGUUGCACCAAAGUAAAAAAAAUGUAUUCUGUUACUGUAUCAGUAAUAGUAGAUGGUUUAGUUUUUUAAAGAUCUGUUGCGAUGUGUUCUAAAUCAUGUCUGUCUUUACAAUCCCCAAGCAGAAGAAAAAACAGUAAAUUUGGAAACGCCUUCAUUAUAGUUUAACUGUGGCUCUGAAUUUAAAGGCAGCAGUAGUUUGGCUCUAUCUGCUGUAUCAUUUUAAGGUGUCCAGUCAGUUUUAAGGUGGCUUUUGAGGCCUUUUUAGUGUCUCUGCUUUGGUGUGAUGUUAAAAAAACGCUGUCAGAGGAGCAGUUCCACCUCUGUCUUUCCAGAACCAGGCAGAGAUUAUGAUGAACAGUCGGUCUGCAUGGGGAUUUUUAAUGCUAGGUGUAAAUGGGAUUACAUAGGGCAGUAAUGGAGGUAUGUGGUGUUAUUUUCUGAGGCUCUGCUGAUUAAUUUAUGAAUUAAUUCUCUGUCAAAUGAUGUGAAAUUAGCCGGACUAAUAAGAGACUCUGGAGACUCCCUGUAGCAGCGCCCAGCUUUAUAUUUCUAAUGCGUGACUGUUUGCAUAAAUGAGUCACGAUGUGUGUGUGUGUGUGUGUGUGUGUGUGUGUGUGCAAGCAAAUUUUGAGACAAACCCAACCAGUCCCCCGCAACGCACCUCCUGAGAUGAAAACACAUUCUAAAAGGAAUUAAAUAUUCAUACUCACAUAUGCAGUGGUGCAAAAUAUUCAUGUUAGCCCCUGAGUGCUGCCUGGAUUAAGAGAAAACACACUGCACAGUGGUGUGGCUGCAUCUCCACAGUAACACGAUCGAAAACAAAGAACAACGCAGCAAUUAACCGUCUUAUUUAUUGGAUCAUGUCGUUAUAUUUAGCUGAAUUUAGCUCAUAAGAUGACAAACUGGGUUUUGCACCAGUGCCACCUGAAUGUUUCGCUUCUCUGACCACUAAAAGUAGACCGGAAACAAGCAGCACAUCAGUCACAGCUUCACUAAAAGGUGUCACAAUUCCCCUUUAAUACCAGCCAGAAAAGAGACCACAACAGCUGACAUUCCCCAAAACAUCUGUGCUCCUUCAACAGAACACAUCGAUUGGGACACAAAAUUGAAGUAUCAGUUUGUACUUGACUGGAUUGUUUCCAGCAUGUUUGCUCCAUUACCUCUGAGAAUGAAUACCCUUUUGAACUAUGCAUCAAUACUGAGCGGAGAUGCCACAGUUAAUUAGAACACUGAUGUCUCCUCGCUCUCCCUGCCCACAGCAAUGCCUCACUGUAUCUCCCGGUUUAUCAAUUUGUAUUUGAGAUGAAGUGGUGGGAUUGUAUGAAUGAGUGUUUUUGACAAGCUGUUGCACAAUAAUGUAAAGUUCCCUCCUCCUCUCAUUGUGAGCGCUCCUCAUUUAUCUGCUUUCCCUGCCUCAUCUAUCUCACCACCUUUUCAAAAUAUGUUCCUCUCCAUCUCUUCCUUUGGUGUACUUUUGCACAUGUAAAAUGACGGCAUCGAUUCAUGCAAUAAUGUGAAAUGUAUGGCAGUGUUUCUCUGUCUUGGCCAGCAGCGAUUCUAACAGUCAAGCUUAUGACAAUGCACAACUGUUCAGUGUCUUGAGGGGGAAAAUACAUUUCAGAAAAAGCAAUUUGUUUCCGAAAGGCAGCCAUAGAUUUGACCUAUUCUUCAAUUCAUGCUAUGUAAAGCUGAGCUGUCACAGAGUAUGAAAACAGUGCCUGUGACAUUUCUGUUUUCUCUUUGUAUGUUUUUGUGAAACCAAACUGUUUAUGUACUCCUUAAGUUCAGCUGGAACGACUGCCUGCUGACUCAGAAUGUCUCAGUGGAAUUUCAAAUGUUCACAAUGUGUCAAGGUUUCUAACUUUCUACAUUGACGUUUUAUUCAUUCACUUAAAAUUUUUCAAGUAGUUUACAUUCAUGUGUUGAGGUUAAAAGUAUGUCAAAGUCCUAAGAGAGACGAAGAGCUGGAGUGCAAAAUAAGGGAAUCAAAUAGUAUGUAAAAGCGAUGCUUGUUCUGUCUGUACUUACAAAUAAAGUCUAACUAAACCUG